UUUUAGUGGCUAUGCUCUGCUAUAUAAUAAAAACAUUAAUCUUUUUUAAAGCUGAACAAUUUGCAAAAUAAAAUCAACAAAUGGAACACAUAAACUGGCUCUGAGUGAGUGGAAGUACAUUAGAGCUAAGGCUAACAUAUUUAUAAUAACAAUGAGUCGUUUCAACUGGCGGUCCAUUGCCGUAUUAAAAAACUUCAUCAAUAAAAGUCGUAAUCGUUGGCGCUAUGCAAAAUCAUGGUUUCACAGACUGGUCACAAACUUCGAUUCAGAUACUUGUUUGGAACCCAUGUUCUGGUUCGUCGAUAAUUAUACACAUCUUUUAGGGCCAUUUUUCCUAUUUGCUGUAUCGGGAUUGACGAUAGCUGUAGUUUUAAUAGCUUAUUGGAUUGGUUUGCCCUUUUGGUGGCAGAAAAGCCCUAAAGCUACCGUGGUUUUACUCAUUAUUGGUAACUGGUUGUUGCUUAAUGUCGUCUUCCACUAUAUAAUGGGGGUGAUAACACCACCUGGAGAGCCGCCAAAAAUAGACGAUGGCACAUUUGAGGUGCGCAAAAUAUGUAAGAAGUGUCAUUCACCCAAGGCGCCGCGCACACAUCACUGCUCUAUUUGCAACAAAUGUAUACUAAAAAUGGAUCACCACUGUCCGUGGCUUAACAACUGCGUGGGCUUUUUUAAUCACCGCUACUUCUUCCUUUACAUGGCCUAUACUACUAUCGGUUGUCUUUUCCUAAUUGUUUUCGGCUUUGAAAUUGGUUAUAAAAAUUUGUGGGUCGAUAAUGGUGAUAGUUGGAUAGAGUCGGAACCGUUAGAAGGGCAACCAGUUAAAUUUAACCUCAGUGGACACAUCAUACCGGUUACGCAUGCCCACGAAUACGAUGAUGACCUACUGCUGCCCGCUAAACACCUACUGCCUACACCGCUCAUAACAGAAGAUGACAUAUUUUCAGUUGGGAGGCGUCGGGCUUUAAUAUUUAUGACCGUAACAAAUUUGACUGCGGUACUGGCGUUGGGUGCGCUAACGAUAUGGCAUGCAAAAAUGAUAACACGUGGUGAAACAAGCAUAGAAGCGCUUAUUAACCAAGAAGAAACCGAACGCAUGCUGAAAGAAAAUAAAAUUUAUGUAAACCCAUAUAAUUUUGGUGCACGUAAAAAUUGGAAAUUAUUUCUGGGUUUGGUGCGUGGUAGAAAAUUUUGGCGUUGCGUUUUACUACCAUCCUGGCAUAAACCGGAAGGCAACGGCUUAAUUUUUCACACAGUGCAUGAUGAGCGUGUAACUUUAUCAGCCGAUGAAUGGCCAUAAGAGGACGUGUUUGCUAAAAUUAAUAUUUAACUAAGUUUAAAGCACAACACAUUGCCAUUGAAGCUAUCAAAUACAAAGUCAUUAAUUUAUUGUAAUUUUUGCAGCAAUGUAAGUAACUGUAUAGCCAAAAAUGCAUUCACUGCUAAUAGUUAAGCAAAUGAGCGUAUUGUGAACAUUCCCAGAUUAAAUUUUAUUUAUCUAGUUUAUAAUAAAAAGUGUGAUUUUGCAUUAGGUGUUGCACUGUACCUUACUUGUCCCAAAUUUAAAUUUGAAACAAUAACAUGUUCAUAAUUAGAAUAAAAUUUUAAUUAAUGUAGAAGAAAUAUUCACUUUGCAACUUAUCUAAUGUUCACCUCUCCAUAUUAAAUGAUUUUUCUGCAUUUAUAAAAUUUU